UCUUGUUUUUCUUCUUUCACAUAAACUAUGGCGGAUGAGUUGAUUUUGUUGGAUGUUCAUGUUAGUAUGUUUGGGAUGAGGGUCAGAGUUGCAUUGGCUGAAAAGGGUAUUGAGUAUGAGUACAGGGAGGAGAACUUGGCCAACAAGAGCCCGCUUGUGCUUGAGAUGAACCCAGUUCACAAGAAAAUCCCAGUCUUGAUUCACAAUGGGAAACCCAUUUCUGAGUCGCUCAUAAUUGUUCAGUACAUAGACGAGGUGUGGAAGGAUAAGUUCCCAUUGCUGCCUUCUGAUCCUUACCAGAGAGCUCAAGCUGGGUUCUGGGUUGAUCUUAUUGACAAAAAGGUACUUACAUUGUUGAUUACUAUUAUGGUUAAAGUCGAGUUAGCUGAGUUGACCGUGUUAGCUUCCAAGGAAGCCGAUUCCGUCGAGGCUCCAGUGGCCACUUCUGAUCAGAGAGGAAGGUCCGCCAUUGUGACCAAAAUCGAUGGCACUGGUCUCAAAAGAUUCGCUAGAACGAGAGGCAUUCAAUGGUGGUCUUCCGAGCCGGUGGUUCGUUCAGACGAAGGAGAAAACGCUGGCGGAAGUGAGGAGACGAAUCCAAUGGUACCAAUUCGCGAUCGUGAGUCGUCAUGUCGCCGGCGAAUCGAUGGAAAUUGUCCGCGGCGGUCAAUUUCAAAGCUCAGUCGCUGUCGUGGUGGGAUCUCAAAAUUGGUUGAGGGAUUUUGUUCUCCUUGCUAUGGAGAAUCAAAUGGUAUAUGUGGUGGCCAGAAAUUCCAAGUAACGGUGGCGGAAUUGAAGAGAGAAGGUGGCGGCGACUGGCGGGCGAUUUCGCGACUUUGA